AUGAGCUACAAAAAAGGUCUACUCAAUGGACAUCCUGGGGACAUCAUACUGUUCACUUAUCCUGAGUCUGUAUUUGGGAGGAGAAUGGUCCGGUAUCUGAAUCUACGUCGAUUGCCUUUCUCGCAAAUACGAGUACCACCAUACAUGCCAAGGCCAAUCUUGCAAGAGCGCCUUGGAGUCAAUUAUAGACGUAUACCAAUCAUGGCCAUCGGUCGAGACAUUUACAUCGACACCAGACUGAUGUUAGCCAAGCUGGAGACAUUCUUUCCUGAGAAUCGACUUGGCGCCGAUGAUGACUUUGGAUCAGGUGUUGAAGACUUGCUCGAGAACUUGAUCAUUGAUGGAGGUCCAUUCUGGCGAACUGCUGGCUGCAUUCCGCCGACUGCGCCUUUGAUGACAAGUGAAGUCUGGACGAAGGAUCGCUCUGACGGAUCCGGCGGUGCCUUCACAAAACAAGCGCUUCUCGAAAAUCGAUCUUGGUCUAUUAGCCAGCUUCGAAUCUACUAUGAUAUCGUCGAGAAAAUGUUGAGGGAUGGACGGCAGUGGAUUCUAGGUGGCGACAAUCCUGGUCUAGCGGAGAUCCAUGCUGGCUGGGUAUUUGACUGGGGCCUCAACAUGGCGCAAGACAUGGGCGAUGGUUCCAAUGGGGCUACGGCUGAUAUGAAGCGAGCCUUGAGCGACGUUGAAUUUCCGAAAUUGCAUGAUUGGGUCAAACGAUUCCGAGAUUUGGCUGAACAGGCCGGGGAAGACCAUGCUGGCGGUGGCAGACUUCAAGAGGGAGCAGAUGCUGAGGAUCAGGUUGUGGACCGUAUUCUCGCCGCGGAUUUCACAGAGCAAGAACCAUAUUUCGAUGAAUCAGACGUGCUGGGGCUGCAAAGGGGCCAGCGGGUUACCAUCGCUCCUGUGGACUUUGGCUUCACUCACAAAGACGAAGGAACUUUGGUUGGUAUAUCGAAAAACGAGGUCGUUAUUGAAGUGCAGGUGCCGCAAGGCAAGGGCUCUUUGCGACUACACUAUCCCAGAAUCAACUUCAAGAUUCUACGUAUGAGCUGAAAUAUCAACAAUCAAUCACUGGCUACACUUCCG